AUGACAAUGGGUAACCCGAGACUCAAGAAUGCCUUCGACGGAAUGAACGCACCAAGACUUCGAGAACUUCUCAACAAGCUAUGUGAGUGUGGUAAGUUUACUAUUGAUGAUGCGAUGGGUAAAAUCGAGGUCGAAGUCCGCAACAUCGUUAUCUCAAAUGGUUUCAUUGACCUUACUCAAAGUGACGAUAGCGAUGGUGAGGGCGAGCGAAACAAGAAUGGUGGGGUUGGAAAUUACAACGACAACGACGAGCUUGCUAAGGAAGAAGGAGACAAUGGAGAAGUUGCAUUCGUUGACAUCGCGAAUUUGUCUGAACUCGAGGAUAUGGAAACAAAUCAACAAAUGGUAGAGCAAAAGAUAGAUGAAGAAGCUGGAUUAGUAAAAUCGGCGGAUCAACAGACAAACAAAGACGACGAGGAAGCAUUUGAAGGCAAGGAAGGAUACAGUGAAGAGGAAUCGGAGAUUGACUCAUGGGACUCUGAUGAUGACAACGAUGUGCCAGCUUUGCGCAAAAGCGAGAUCAAGGAACUGCUUUCAUCAAAGAAGGACUACUUAGAAAAGAUGUACGCUGAAAAGGAAAAGCAUUUGCGAGUUUUGGUAGCUUCAAAGAAGAGAAAUCUGAAGAUAUUUGAGUGCGAGAACUGUGGUUCCGACUUCAAUAUCGAGGAAAACCAAAAGGGCUAUUGUUCCUUCCAUCCAGGCAUCAGAGAAUUAGAUGCGAAUUAUGCGGAGGAUUAUCAUUGGCCGAAUCAUGGAGAGCCGUGGAAGAGUUUAGAUGAUCCGGAGUAUGCUGAUCGUUUCCUCUGGAGUUGUUGUGAUCGUUAUUCAGAUGCGGAAGCGUGUAUAUUUACAAGACAUAAAGCAUUGGAGGAAAGAAACAGCAAGAGAACUAAAACUGAGGCUUAUUAG